CACCAUGAAGCUCAUCAUCGUUGACAACAGUGAGAAGGUGGGUGAGUGGGCUGCCAAGUACAUCAUGAACAAGAUACUUUUGUUCAAGCCAGGUCCGGACAAAUACUUCACGCUUGGACUGCCCACAGGAAGUACUCCGUUGGGAUGUUACAAAAAGCUGAUUGAAUUCCACAAAAAUGGAAAACUCUCAUUUGAGUACGUGAAGACUUUCAACAUGGAUGAGUAUGUAGGGCUGCCCAGAGAUCACCCUGAGAGCUACCACUCCUUCAUGUGGACCAAUUUCUUCAACCACAUCGACAUCAAACCAGAGAACACACACAUCCUGGAUGGCAACGCCAGCGACCUGAUCGCAGAGUGCAACUCCUUUGAGGAGAAGAUCAAAGCUGCUGGAGGAAUCCAGCUCUUCGUUGGAGGCAUUGGACCCGAUGGCCACAUUGCCUUCAACGAGCCGGGCUCCAGUCUGGUGUCCCGGACCAGGAUCAAGACUCUGGCCAAGGACACCAUUGAGGCGAACUCCAGAUUCUUUGAUGGAGAUCUGUCCAAGGUGCCCACCAUGGCACUGACUGUUGGGGUGGGCACUGUCAUGGACGCCAAAGAGGUCAUGAUCCUCAUCACUGGGUCACACAAGGCGUUGGCUUUAUAUAAGGCCAUAGAAGAAGGUGUCAACCACAUGUGGACAGUGUCGGCCUUCCAGCAACACCCGCAGAGCGUCUUCGUCUGCGACGAGGACGCCACGAUGGAACUGCGAGGCCGAACCGUCAAGUAUUUCAAAGGAAUGAUGCCUCUGCACAACAAGCUGGUGGAACCACUUCCUUGACUCCUAGUGACCAGAACAACAUUUCAGAGAUUACUUCAUCCUAAGGCAAUAAAUUCCAAAUGAAAUCUGUAUCUAUGGAAUGUGCAACAAAAAGAAUGAAAUUCUUUGCAAGCUUUGUCGUAAGACACUAAAGAGAAGGAAACCAAAAUGAUGUGAGCAUGAUCACAUCCUAACUGUUUUUCUGCUAAGCCAACACAACUGUGCACUUUGUGUCACUGAGGUCACUUUGUCAUGUUGAUCUUGUCACUUUAUGUCGGCAAGCAGAGCAGAGUCAAAAUAAGAUGAUCCAGAAAUGACUUGAAUAAAUUAUAUGUUGUGUUUAUUCCAAUCCCACCCAUCAUCAUCGACAUAUCGCCGUC